UACAAGUGAAAUAAAUUACGAGUUACGACGAUGAGCUGCAUUGAAACAAUGAUAAAAUUUCGAUGAGAUUCUCUAAUAAUUUUUCAGAUCACUUUUUCAUAAGCCUACUUCUAAAUCUUCAAAAUGGGCUGUUUUCAAAGUAAAAAAGAAUCUUCUGACUUACACCCCAACGUAUUUCGUGUUGUUAAUAUCGAUGAAAACGGUGCAGAUCUGUGUACAGGGCAGCUAGAAAUAACAGAAUCAGAUAUAAUUUUAUACAGAGAAGGGAGAGAAUCCACUGUGUGGCCCCUACAUUCCCUGCGACGGUAUGGAUUUGAAGGAGAAAUAUUUAGUUUUGAGUCAGGCAGAAGAUGUGAAACAGGGGAAGGUAUAUAUGCAUUUAGAUGUCGUAGAGCAUCAAUACUGUUCCAAGCACUGCAACAACAAAUACAAUUAAGAAAUGUAGUGCAUGAUUCUGUGCAGUACCCUGUAUCCAGGCUCUCUCCCUCACCACAAGGUCGACAGACAUUGCAAGCUAGUGUCAUCCAUCGUUCCUCUAUAGAUAAUGGUCAACCAGAAAAUUUGGCUCAAAGCUUUAACAACAAUCUUCCAACUGCUGUUACCCCAGGAGUCCCAACUACAUUGCCAACGCUAACCCAGUCACCUCGUUCACCUUCAAGUGCAGACAUCUUAGAAGUUAUGCCUUUGUAUCCACACCCUCAAGCCAGUGGUAACCAUGUGACUAAUGUUUACCAAGUUAGAGAUUUUAAACGUGAACAUAACAAUAACCAAGCAGAAAUGGCAGCGGACCACAGACACGUGUACUCGAAUGACUUUAACAGAGAUCUAGCUAUGCUUAGAAAUACAUUGAGACAGGAGACAGCACUAAAUACUAUAAGGGACAUUGAGGAUGAAAACCAUUUCCUUGAAAAUAGGUAUGUAGGGGAGAAAGCAAAGAAUAAUUCAGAUAAAAGUCUUCUGUCUCCUACAAUGAGUAAUUCUAGUGAACACUAUGCACAAUUGAGUAUAGAACAACAAGAACCUUCUAGGCUGUAUGUGAAUAUAGCACCCAAUGAUAACAACACUUUUGAUCCAAAUAAAAAUGAAGUUGUACCUACUACACCUCUUACACCCAAACAAGUUGAGUACUGUAAUCUCACAGUCGGAACAAAAGCUGAAAUUAAUACUUACGCUAAUUUGAUGCUUGGUGAUAUUAUAACUGACAGUGUUCAGAAUAGUAAACAAAUUAUCAAUAACUUGGACCGCAAUCAAAAGUUUUCUGAAUCAGAUACUUUUGCAUCUAUGUCUCCAGUUGAAGACUUAAACUAUGCAAUCCUUGACAUUGAUUCAAAUAAGGAUAAUAUUAAGACAGUUAGAGAUAUGGCAUCACCAGAAAGUCAGUCAUACAAUAGCUCUAAAAAUGAAAGCACAACUUCAUACAGCUCACAGCCACGUGGCAGAGUGGUAUCCCAGAGCAGCAUAGACAGAUCUUCAGCUGCCAACACAGCCAAUCCUGCACCUAGUGCUAGCAUUGGCUAUACAACAAUUGACUUUGAUAAAACUGUUGCAUUAACCUCUGUAGCUGCAGGAGCAGAGUUAUGUAAUCUGGAUGGUUCCAGAAAAAAUAGACACAACUCUUGCAGUGUUAUUAACAUUGCUGAUCAAGGAAGGACAUAGUGAAAAUCUGAGGUAUCAUAUUCCUAAAGCUAAAGCUCAGGAGGUACAGAAUUAAGUUAUCAUCAACAUAUAUAGGAUUGGAAUUGAAAGACAUUUUUAAUUUAUUAAUAUUUAUAAAAUACACGCAAACGCAACAAUGGAGCCCUGUAAAAGAAACGGCAGGUGCUUCAAGCGUGACGCACACGUAUUUUUAGUGGCACCAGAAUUAAAAUAACUUCAAGAAUUAAAAGAAACAAUCUAUUGUUCAAAAAUUACCAUAGCAAAUAAAGCGGAGCUACAAUGAGUCUGAUGCGAAUCCUCUGAAAGGGUCUGGAAUUAUAUCAUGUGAAUGCUCAAGAAGCUGACUGAUGAUUAAAAAGGGAUUAACACCUUACCCCUUUGAAACAGAAGGUGGCGGUUAUUCCACUAAUAAAAACAUUCCCAAGGAUGGUUGACGUCAGGCAGGCAAAACCAAAUCAACAAGUCUGUCUUCAAAUUUGAAGAAGACAUAACUUGCCAACCACACAUAACGUGGAAUAAGGAUAAGAAAAAUAAUAAUAUUUAAAAUUCUUUUGUAUUCAUGUAUACAAAAACUUCAUUUAAGAAAUUUUGAAACAAUUUAUUUAUUAUAUGCCAAAAACAUGAGCCAGAAUGUUCCAAACCAAAGUAGAAUAUUUCUCAAACCAAAGUAGUUUAAAAUGUUGGUACAACAAUAAGUAAGUAAUGCAUUCAUUUGUAUACAAUGGACUAAUUUAUUGCUCUAAUUAUGGCCUUGUGUGAAAUUUUGAGGAGGUUAAGACAAAGUUCAAAUUUUAUCAAGAACCUACUUACUUGAUAAUUUAUAAAGAUUUAGAUACUGGUGCUGGAUUCCUAUCAUCUCUGAUAAUCGAAAGUUAUCUCCGACUGGCAGGUAAUUUUGCUGCCAAAAUUAUAUGCAUAUAUAUCAUAUAUAUCAUAAAAUUCAUGAGCAUAUAGUAUUCUCAUCAAUUUUAAAAUGAUAUAAAAUUCCAACUUGCAAUGAAGCACCUUAAAAUUUAUUAUGCUCUCUCGGAAUAUGUAUUUAAAAACUUAAGGAAUCAAGAUCAAAUAGAGAACCUGUAAUAAAUGCAUGUACUUACUGCAUAUUUAUUAUUAAAUGUAGUAGGUUGCCCGCGACUUCGUCCGCGUGCUAUCUAUGAUAAGUAAAUGUUUCCUUUACAACUUUUUUCGCUAUUCUACGCUCGCCUGUCCGUGAUAAUAGGUUUCGAUAAGCGUCCUUCUGAACCUCUUUUUCUAUUUGCUUGACUCCUAAGCGCUGUAGGUUAAUAUUAAUAAACCUUUUAAAAUCAGGCUGUCAAAUGCCAAAAUGAUUUUACAAAUCCAACUAGUAGACCUUGAAUUAAACGCGUUUAAACAAACAAAUGUACCAGCCAAAAAAACUAA